CGUUAAACGGUGAUGUUUUAAUGUGAUACGUUGUUUUGUAGGUGACACCGUUCGCCAGACCCAGAACAUGCACAUCAUCUGGGGUUUAAAGUCAAACGCCAACGCGGCAAGUCUGAAUUUUGUCCCACGGUUAGCUAACGUUAGCUCGGCUAACCAGCGCGGCUAGCUGCCGUUAGCGGGGAAACAAACUGGCCGCUCGUGAUGUUUUGGCUGUUUCACGCCAAACGAUCCCGCGCGGGAAAAGUUGCGUUUAUCCGUGAUUGAGUGCCGAGGCGGCUGGUGGUGUGAUACAUGCUUAACAAUCCUUGGCUCGAGCUAACAAUGUUUGUCGACCUGUUCCGGUCCUCAACUUAGCUGGCCAGACCUCCAACUUUCUGCCAUGCAAAGCGAGUUAGCCACCGCUACCUCACCGACGCUCAGGGGAGUGAUGGCAGCGACAGAUUGCUACAUCGUGCACGAGAUCUACAAUGGGGAGAAUGCGCAGGACCAGUUUGAGUAUGAGCUAGAGCAGGCACUGGAGGCCCAGUAUAAAUACAUUGUUAUUGAGCCCACACGCAUCGGAGAUGAGACGGCCCGAUGGAUUACCGUGGGCAACUGCCUGCACAAGACGGCCGUGUUGUCAGGCGCCGCUUGCCUCCUGACGCCACUUUCACUGCCUCCUGAAUACUCGCGCUAUGUGGCGUUGCCCGCUGGCGCCCUCAGUGUGGCCUGCUCUGCCCUCUAUGGGAUUUCAUGGCAAUUUGACCCCUGCUGCAAGUACCAGGUGGAAUACGACAGCCAAAAACUCUCGCGGCUGCCCCUGCAUACACUCACCUCCUCGACGCCCGUGGUAUUGGUACGCAGGGAUGACGUCCACAGAAAGAGACUCCAUAAUACGAUAGCACUGGCUGCCCUGGCCUAUUGCGCCAAGAAGAUCUACGAACUCUAUGCGGUAUGAGUGCACUCUGAAGAGGGUUUAAGAACCGACAGAAAAAAGGAAAAAACAAACAAAAAAAACAGAACCUAUCCACCCCAAGAUGUAAGAAAAGUGGAAGUCACGUCGAUCAUGCCCAGCAGUUAGCUCCACACAUGUGGUGGGUGCUUCCAUUUUGAACUUUGAUCAGAGGGAUAUAGUUAAAACUAGAAGGAAUUGUUUUUUCCCUUACAUUUCCUUUACUUCUUCUAUGUGACGACAACAGCACACUUAUCUCCGUAGUACCCUUGCGCCUCCUCCCCUGCGCCCUCCACCCGCAUUCUUGACACCCAACAAGCUAGUGCACAAGGGUAUGACGGCAGUUCUUCCGGACUGAAUCGUAUGGCAGACGAAAUGGACAGAGACGUUUUGAGUACCGAGCUCUCUCCCCCCUUUCCCUCGUAGUUUUACUGUACCCCUUUCUUGCUGAUCAGUACAUCACCCUUUCAUUAAACAUUAGGAUAUUUCAAACUCACUUUUCUGUAUUUUAUUUUACUUUUUUUUUUUUUUUUCAUUAAAUGGAUUCUACAUGAUGUCCAGAAAAGUGCGAAUAGCUGCAACUUAUUUGCGAUUGUGUCUUGUUCAUGUAGAUUUUUCUUGUUUAAAAGAUCUCAUGUGACAAUG